GCCUCGGGGGCCCCGUCGAGCUCCUCCCGCUAGAGGGGCCGGGAUACUCGGACUGCUCCUGCGGGGCUGAGCAUCCGGGAGACCACGGGGCGGGUCUCUCGCCUUCCGCCUCACCACCUCCCCGGAGCAGCCGGUCCUGUUUCCGACCCUUGCGCCCGGGGCGCGCACGUCGGGGUUAAACAUGACUCAGAUGAGCUGGUGCUUCUCCUGCGUGAUUCGAUGGAGCAAGUACCUCUUCUCCUGCUUCCUGCCCCUGCGCUUCUGCCUCCGCAGACAGCCAGAGGACCUGGAGGCCCCCAAGACUCACCACUUCAAGGUGAAGACCUUCAAGAAGGUGAAGCCCUGUGGGAUCUGCCGACAGGUCAUCACCCGGGAGGGUUGCACCUGCAAAGUCUGCAGCUUCUCCUGUCAUCGGAAAUGCCAGGCCAAGGUGGCUGCUCCCUGCGUUCCUCCAUCCAGCCAUGAACUGGUGCCCGUCAACACUGAAACUGCUCCAAAGAAUGUAGUGGACACGGGAGAAGGAGCCUUCCGGGGUGGAAACACGCGGAAAAGCCUUGAGGAAGAUAGCUCCACCAGAGUCACGCCAAGUGUCCAGCCCGAUCCCCAGCCCAUCAGAAACAUGAGUGUGAGCCGGGUCACGGAGGACAGCUGUGAGCUGGACCUGGUGUAUGUCACUGAGAGGAUCAUCGCCGUCUCCUUCCCCAGCACAGCCAAUGAGGAGAACUUCCGGAGCAACCUCCGUGAGGUGGCCCAGAUGCUCAAGUCCAAACAUGGAGGCAACUACCUGCUUUUCAACCUCUCUGAGCGGAGACCUGACAUCACGAAGCUCCACGCCAAGGUACUGGAAUUUGGCUGGCCCGACCUCCACACCCCAGCCCUGGAGAAGAUCUGCAGUGUCUGCAAGGCCAUGGACACUUGGCUCAACGCAGAUCCCCACAAUGUUGUCGUUUUACACAACAAGGGAAACCGAGGCAGGAUAGGUGUUGUGAUCGCGGCUUACAUGCACUACAGCAACAUUUCUGCCAGUGCCGACCAGGCCCUGGACCGCUUUGCAAUGAAGCGGUUCUACGAGGAUAAGAUUGUACCCAUUGGCCAGCCAUCCCAGAGGAGGUACGUGCAUUAUUUCAGCGGCCUGCUCUCUGGCUCCAUCAAAAUGAACAACAAGCCCUUGUUUCUGCACCACGUGAUCAUGCACGGCAUCCCCAACUUUGAGUCUAAAGGAGGGUGUCGGCCAUUUCUCCGGAUCUACCAGGCCAUGCAACCUGUUUACACUUCUGGUAUCUACAACGUCCAGGGAGACAGCCAGACCAGCAUCUGCAUCACCAUCGAGCCUGGGCUGCUCUUGAAGGGAGACAUCUUGCUGAAGUGUUACCACAAGAAGUUCCGGAGCCCAGCCCAAGACGUCAUCUUCCGCGUGCAGUUCCAUACCUGCGCCAUCCAUGACCUGGGGGUUGUCUUUGGGAAGGAGGACCUCGAUGAUGCCUUCAAAGAUGAUCGAUUUCCAGAAUAUGGCAAAGUUGAAUUUGUGUUUUCCUAUGGACCAGAGAAAAUUCAAGGCAUGGAACACCUGGAGAACGGGCCGAGCGUGUCCGUGGACUAUAACACCUCCGACCCCCUCAUCCGCUGGGAUUCCUAUGACAACUUCAAUGGGCAUCAAGAUGAUGGCAUGGAGGAGGUUGUGGGCCACACGCAGGGACCCCUGGACGGGAGCCUGUACGCCAAGGUGAAGAAGAAGGACUCCCUGCACGGCAGCACCGGGGCCGUCAACGCCACGCGGCCUGCUCUGUCGGCUACCCCCAACCACGUGGAGCACACCCUCUCCGUGAGCAGCGACUCGGGCAACUCCACAGCCUCCACCAAGACAGACAAGACCGAUGAACCUGCCCCCGGCCCCUCCAGCGCCCCUGCUUCCCUGAGUCCCGAGGAGAAGCGUGAGCUGGACCGCCUGCUCAGCGGCUUUGGCUUGGAGCGAGAGAAGCAAGGCACCAUGUACCACACGCAGCAUCUCCGGUCCCGCCUGGCGGGGGGCCCUGCUGCUCCCUCCUCCGGCCGCCAUGUCGUCCCGGCCCAGGUUCACGUCAAUGGCAGGGCCUCGGCAUCUGAGCGGGAGACAGACAUCCUGGAUGAUGAGCUGCCCAACCAGGAUGGGCACAGCGUGGGCAGCAUGGGCACACUGUCCUCCCUGGAUGGGGUCACUAACACCAGUGAGGGGGGCUACCCGGAGGCCCUGUCUCCACUGACCAACGGUCUGGACAAGCCCUACCCCGUGGAACCUAUAGUCAAUGGCGGGGGAUACCCCUAUGAGUCUGCCAGCCGGGCAGUGCCUGCCCAAGCUGGCCACCCUGCCCCCAUGCGACCCUCCUACUCUGCACAGGAGAGUUUAGCUGGCUACCAGCGGGAGGGGCCCCACCCAGCCUGGCCACAGUCAAUGACCACCUCCCACUAUGGCCAUGACCCCAGCGGUAUGUUCCGCUCUCAGUCCUUUCCGGAAACCAAGCCCCAGCUGCCCCCAGCUCCAGCCCGGGGCGGGAGCAGCCGGGAGGCUGUGCAGAGGGGCCUGAAUUCCUGGCAGCCUCAGCCACCUCCUCGCCAGCAGGAAAGAGCCCACUUGGAGAGCCUCGGGCUCAGCAGGCCCAGUCCCCAGCCAUUGGCAGAGCCCCCCAUGCCUGGCCUUCCCGAGUUCCCGCGGGCGGCCUCCCAGCAGGAGAUCGAGCAGUCCAUCGAAGCCCUCAAUAUGCUGAUGCUGGACCUGGAGCCAGCCACAGCGGCCGCCCCACUGCACAAGUCCCAGAGUGUCCCUGGGGCCUGGCCCGGCGCUUCCCCGCUCUCCUCCCAGCCCCUCUCUGGCUCUUCCUCCCAGUCCCAUCCACUGACCCAGUCCAGAUCUGGCUACAUCCCCAGUGGGCAUUCCUUGGGCACUCCUGAGCCUGCUCCCCGGGCCUCCCUGGAGUCUGUCCCUCCUGGCAGGCCUUACUCACCUUAUGAUUAUCAGCCAUGUCUAACGGGGCCCAACCAGAGUUACCGUCCAAAGAGCCCAGCUGCCUCCUCCUCGUCUGCCUUCCUUCCAAACACCCAGAGCUCUCCGGGUCCUCAGCUGCCCCCAGUCUCUCUCCCUGGCCUCACCACUCAGCCUCAGCUUCCACCGAAGGAGGUGACUUCAGACCCAUCCCGAACCCCAGAGGAAGAGCCAUUGAACCUGGAGGGGCUUGUGGCCCACCGGGUAGCAGGGGUGCAAGCUCGGGAGAAACAGCCUGCAGAGCCCCCAGCACCUCUCCGGAGGCGGGCAGCCAGCGAUGGGCAGUACGAGAACCAGUCGCCAGAACCUGCAUCACCCCGUAGUCCUGGGGUUCGCUCCCCUGUCCAGUGCGUCUCCCCAGAGCUGGCUCUCACCAUCGCUCUCAAUCCUGGAGGGCGGCCCAAAGAGCCCCAUCUGCACAGCUACAAGGAGGCCUUUGAGGAGAUGGAGAGAACCUCCCCGACCAGCCCACCGUCCAGUGGGGUGCGCUCCCCUCCAGGUCUGGCCAAGACACCUCUGUCUGCUCUGGGCCUGAAGCCCCAUAACCCAGCCAGCAUCCUGCUGCACCCCACCGGCGACGAGGAUGAGGGGAAGGUGGUGAGAGAGCUUUCGGAAGAGCCCCGGAGCUAUGUGGAGUCGGUGGUGCGGACGGCAGUGGCUGGUCCCCGGACUCAGGAUCCUGAGCCCAAGAGCUUUAGCGCCCCGGUUGCCCAGGCCUAUGGCCGCGAGACACCCCUGAGGAACGGGACCCUGGGAGGCUCCUUUGUCUCCCCCAGCCCCCUUUCCACCAGCAGCCCCAUCCUCAGCGCUGACAGCACUUCAGUGGGGAGUUUCCCAUCAGGGGAGAGCAGCGACCAGGGCCCGCGGACACCCACCCAGCCUCUGCUGGAUUCUGGCUUCCGCUCCGGCAGCCUGGGCCAGCCCAGCCCUUCGGCUCAGAGAAGCUACCAGAGCUCUUCUCCUCUCCCGACUGCGGGCAGCAUCUACAGCAGCCCCGACUACUCACUGCAGCCGUUCAGCUCCCUGGAAAGCCAGGCCCGGUCUCAGUUCGGUGUGGCGGGUGUCCACAUGGUACCUGGGAGCCCUCAGGCACGGCACAGGACAGUGGGCACCAACACUCCCUCUAGUCCUGGCUUUGUCCGCCGGGCCGUGAAUCCCGCCAUGGCUGCCCCCAGCAGCCCCAGUUUGACCCACCGCCAGGUGAUGGGUCCACCCGGAACUGGUUUCCAUGGUAACACAGUCUCCAGCCCCCAGAGCAGUGCAGCAACCACUCCGGGAAGCCCCAGCCUGGGUCGGCACCCUGGGGCCCACCAGGUUUCAAGCCUCCAUGGCAAUGUGGCCACCACUCCAGGGAGCCCCAGCCUGGGCCGGCACCCUGGGGCCCACCAAGGCAACCUGGCCUCCAGUCUCCAUGGCAACGCAGUAGCCAGCCCCGGAAGCCCCAGCCUGGGCCGUCACUUGGGAGGGUCUGGAUCUGUGGUUUCCGGCAGCCCCAGCUUGGACCAGCAGGUGGCCUAUGGUGGCUACUCCACUCCUGAGGACCGGAGACCCACGUUAUCCCGACAGAGCAGCGCCUCGGGCUACCAGGCCCCUUCCACGCCCUCCUUUCCUGUGUCCCCUGCCUACUACCCCGGCCUGAGCAACCCCGCCGCCUCCCCCUCGCCAGAUUCAGCAGCCUUCCGGCAAGGGAGCCCAACACCGGCCUUGCCAGAGAAGAGGAGGAUGUCCAUGGGAGACCGAGCGGGCAGCCUCCCCAACUAUGCCACCGUCAACGGGAAGGUGUCCUCCUCGCCUGUCGCCAGUGGCAUGUCCAGUCCCAGCGGGGGCAGCGCCGUCUCCUUCUCCCACACUCUGCCCGACUUCUCCAAGUACUCCAUGCCAGACAACAGCCCUGAGACGCGGGCAAAAGUGAAAUUUGUCCAGGACACUUCCAAGUAUUGGUACAAGCCCGAGAUCUCCAGAGAGCAGGCCAUAGCCCUCCUCAAGGACCAGGAGCCAGGGGCUUUCAUCAUCCGAGACAGCCACUCCUUCCGAGGAGCCUAUGGGCUGGCCAUGAAGGUGUCUUCGCCCCCUCCGACCAUCAUGCAGCAGAAUAAAAAAGGGGACAUGACCCAUGAGCUCGUGAGGCAUUUCCUGAUAGAGACGAGCCCCAGAGGAGUCAAGCUCAAGGGCUGCCCCAACGAGCCAAACUUCGGAUCUCUGUCUGCCCUGGUCUACCAGCACUCCAUCAUCCCGCUGGCUCUGCCCUGUAAGCUGGUCAUUCCAAACCGAGACCCCACAGAUGAAUCAAAAGAUAGCUCGGGCCCUGCCAACUCAACCACUGACCUGCUGAAGCAAGGGGCAGCCUGCAACGUGCUCUUCAUAAACUCUGUGGACAUGGAGUCACUCACUGGGCCACAGGCCAUCUCCAAAGCCACUUCUGAGACACUGGCUACUGACCCCACGCCGGCUGCCACCAUCGUCCACUUCAAAGUUUCUGCCCAGGGAAUCACACUGACUGACAACCAGAGAAAGCUCUUCUUCAGACGCCACUACCCCCUCAACACCAUCACCUUCUGUGACCUGGAUCCACAGGAGAGGAAGUGGAUGAAGACGGAGGGAGGUUCCCCUGCUAAGCUCUUCGGCUUUGUGGCCCGGAAACAGGGCAGCACCACGGACAACGCCUGCCACCUCUUUGCUGAGCUUGACCCCAACCAGCCGGCCUCCGCCAUCGUCAACUUUGUCUCCAAGGUCAUGCUGAGUGCCGGCCAGAAGAGAUGAACUCCCCCCUCCCCUUGCCCGGGGCCGGGGCAGUGGGGAUGGGUAUGUGGGGAAGGGACCUGUGCAUCCUGACCAUCCUUGAAUCCAGAAGGAGGAAUUUGGGCCAAUUUUGGAGAAGGAGAGAAGAAAGUGUCAUGUGGGGAGAGGGAAGUGAAUUGAGCGGGGAGGGGGAGAGAGAGAGAAAGAAGGAAAAAGAUGGAGGAGAAUAACUCGGAUUCCCCCGGGGAGAUGGAUACUGCAAAACCCCCAGAGCCUCCCAAACUAACCAGGUCCACCUAACUCCCCCUCCACCCUCCGAGAGGAUGGAACUCCUCAAGAGAGGCAGAAUGAACCUCUCUGGAGAUCCACAUUUUGGGGGGAAAUGGAAAAGCUCUUUCUUCCUAACCCAACUGCUUUGCAAGGAGAAGAAAUCCUAUCAAGAGAAUCUUUUUCUGUCCACCUCUAGGGUAGAUCACCAAACCAAAAAGAGCCACCAUGAGACAUCCAGUGGCGGAACUUUUGCUUUUGAAAGUAUCUCGGACCUGAGGCCCCUAAGGUCUCUUUUCUCUGCCUCUGAUGUACAGUUUGUGGGUGUCUUUAUGGGGUGUAUAUAUGGCCACACCCACAUCCUCACACACUGAUUUCUGUUUGCCUCUCAGCUUGAAGUAGAAACAGGUAUACUUGUCCGUGUCCCCUGUGUUUGCACACACAAGUGCAUACUGUCCAAAGAAAGUUAGAGUCGGGGGUGACAGGGCAGCAGGGAGUGGGCAUAAGCCCCCUUCCCCAGGAACACCCAGGAUUGUGGGUAAUGGACGCUCUCUUGGUCCCUGCACCUGCUCUAACAGCCUUGGGUGCCGCCAACCCCUUCUCCUCGACGGAGACCCCCACGGAGUGGGUCUGGCCACGCUGCAACGUUACCCCUGAUCUGCCUCCACCAGGAAGCUGGAGCAUUGGUUUGAGGAGAUGGGGACUUGUGCGUCCGGAGCUCUGGGGAAGAGAUCCCUCAGGAAGGGAGGCUGCUGAGCUCUAGGCACCUUCCCCGAGGCGUGUGGCCCAGCCUCGGGGUGGGCAGGUGGCUCCCGCCAGCUCCCAGCCCUCAGCCCCUUCUUGGGUUUCGUGCCCCAGACCAGCCUUUCUCAGACUUGCUUAUGUGCAUGUUGCCUUUUUGGGUGCUGGUGAUUGAGCCUUCCCGCUCUGCCCUGCCCUGUUCUGUCCUGCAGGGUCCCCACGUGGGGGCUCAUCCUGGGAACCUGCUUCUAUAAGCCCUGCUCCGCAAGGUCCAGGAGAGACCCCUGCAGUUCCUGUGCUCCCUCUGCAAGGGAUCGGGGGUCUGACUUUUGCUGGACCGCCCAGGGGAGCUGGUCAGCUCUGGGGGAGGCUGCCUGCACACCACAUGGCCUGCCUGCGAUACCAAAGCCUUGCCCUUCCCCCUUCUGCCUUGGUUUCCCCCCGGAGCCCAGCUGCCGCGGAGCAGAGGGCAGAAGGCGCACAUUUAGGCCGAAGGGCUGAGAGUCCAGCUGGGCGCCUGGGCGCUCCCUGACCACCACCCAAGUGCUCUAAGCCAGACGGGGAAUCCAGCAGGACUCCAUCCCUGAGUAGCUUCUUAAGCCUCUGGGUUCCCUAGAGAGAGGCAUUGUACUGAUAUAUAAAUAUAUAUAAUAUAUAUGUGAGACAUACUGACAGAAUCUGUAAGCUAAUGAAAUAUAAGAAAAGGUUAAAAAAAAAAAGAAUAGGUAAAUUGACAAGAAGUAUUUAUUAUUUCCCCAUCUAGCUUUAUUGCCUCCCUGGCAUAAUCCAGUCCCCAUCCCUCUCUGUACCUAUAAGUGAAGCCUGAAAGGUAGGGGCCUUUAUCCUUGGAGCAAUCAGGGGUCUCCUUGCCCUGGCCUUGGCCUUCCCUAGACUCUGACUAGGGCUCAGUGGGGAGGGGGUGCACAUGUUCCAUCCCCUUCACCCCCCUUAUUUUUGGCAAGCUGGGCCCGGCUGUCAGCUCCCAGAGAUGAGGGCUCAGCAGCCCACCUCCCUGCAGGCCCGAGCGGGUGUGUGAGCCUGCAGGGGACACGGGUGUGUGUGGUGGGUGUGGGUGACGUGUGCGUCUUGUAUUUUUUUUUCUCUUCCAAGAAGCUGUAUCUGUGUGGAUGUUCUGUUUCAGGGAGUUGGAAAGGAGAGCGUCUGAAGAUGGUGGGGAGUAGCCCCCUGCUUCCCAAAGAUUGAAACCUUGUUCUUGGUGACCAAGACUCCCCCAAAGGGCUCUUCCUUCUGAGGCUUUCAAGCCAGACACCGCGGUUUCCCCUCUCUCAUUCCCUACCUAACCCCAACUCUCUUCCCAGACAGAAGAGGAUAUUCCGCCUCUUCCUUUGUAAAUAUCUUGAUCUCCCACUGGACAGCCCGGGAACUCUCUCCUCCUGGUCUGCACGGCCGGGAGGAACAUCAGACCCUUCAUGUGAGUCUGGGGUCAGCCUUCACACGUGCUUUCCCACCGCCCACCAGCAGCCCACCCCACUCAGGCCUGAGCCGUGUGUGACUCUGGGAAGGACUCGAGAUGCUGGGGAGCUGAUCAACUCCCCCGACCCAACAUCCUUCUGGAAAGAGUCAGUUUCCGAGAGUGUGGCCUGUCCAGAAGAACGAUGGGGAAGGGUACCCCGAUCUCCACCGUGGUCUCACCUUUGGGUCAGACACUGCUUGGGAUAACCCUCCCGUGUCUCACAGGUUAGGCCCGUGCACCUUGCGCACGUGCGCACACACACACACACAACCACAGCACUGCAGUACGUUCUUGCCAAAGAUUUCCUUUAAAAGAAAGCACUUUUAAUAAUUAUUGUUGUUAUUGUGAGAAUGUUUAUCCUUGUUUCUCCCCAUCCCUUUCCCCAACCUUUUUUGCUGUUGUUUAUUGUUGAAUCUGUUUGUCAGCCAGGAGAGUGCCGUCUGGUCUUGAAAGUGGGCUGGGGAGUGGGGGAUGGGAAAGGGUCUGGGAGGAGUUGGCAAGAGAGCGCCGGAGGCUGGAGAGGCCUGGUCAGCUCGUGAUGCAGGGAUGCAGACCCCGGGCAAGCUCAGGCCCCAGCCCCAGGCCCAGCCUGUGUCUUGCUGUGCAUCCAGGCCUCUGAGGCAGCCGAGGCCUUACCGGAGCUGCCCUGUACGGUGUCUGGAGGAAACAGGGGGCAGGGAAGUGACAGCCCUCCAAUUCAGCAGGGAGAGAGGCCCAGCAAGGUCCCCGUGGCCCUUCCCAGAUGGAGCGAGAGGGGAGGACUGAGCAUGGGAAUAGUGGAGAGGUGAGCCCAGAGGGGAAAUGGGGAGGAAGGGAACAGUUGGAUGGAGUUCCAGGGCUGAGCGGAUGCCUCUGCCCUGCGAUCGUGGUGUUCUGGCUCCCUCCUCCAGCCAGGUGUUCCAGGGACAGAGACAUUGCGUCCUAGGCUUGGGAAAGGCCCUUUGACCCAGGUCCUCAUCGGAGCCUCUUCCGCAGCAGCUCCAAAUGCUUGCGGACUGCCAGGAUGCGUUCUUCCCUGGCAGGGUUUUGAGGGAUCCCUGGGUGUGUCAGAGACAGGCAGGAUAGGGGUGGGGGGACCUGGUGGCUCUGUGAUCGUAAGAGGGAGCCCAAGGGGCACGUGCGAUUCUCUGCAAAGGGGCUCCCGAGGGAGAUGAGCCGAACAUCCUUCUGCCCACUCGGGUGGGCCGAGCAGAGGUUGGGCAGGCCCCUGGUGCCACCCAGGGGCCUGUGGACGAGUCUGUGUGUGGAACAGUGUCCGUGGCCCCCUCCCUGGGACGUUCGUUCAUCACCCCCGCCUCCCGGCUCUUCUCCCCCGCUUUGGUCUUUCCCAGCUUCAGGAUCUGGAUCUGGGGGGGGAUCAAGGAGGCCGAUGCCCUUUCCAAGGGCUGCCUCCUGCCCCUACAUCUCCCCAUCCUCGGGAUCCUUGGAGAUGCUGGGGGCAGAGUCCUGGGGCUACUCUUCACCCGGGUCGAGGCCCCGGAAUCCCGAGACUGGAGUGCCCUGGCCAGUGGUAACACAGAACGUGUGCGCGCGCGUGUGCAAGUGUGGGUGUAUGUGUGUGCGUUUUUUGCUUGUCUCUUUAGGGAACUUAGGAGUCGGGUCGGAGGUGGUUGGCAAUGGGAUGUCAAGUUCACUAUCACCCAGCGGCGGAAGGAAUCAGGAGGCAGGGCUCGUAGGGCCCCUGAUUGGGGGAAUCUCAGUGUCGGUGAGGGUGGGAUCAACCACACGGGGUGGCGCUCCUCUGUCCUCAGAUGUUGAAGUGUUGGAGGACCUCUGUUUAUUUCCCACGCUUGGACUUUUCCCAGCUGCGAGGUAAUUGUAGAGGGAUAGCCCACUUUUGUUUCUAACAGUUUUCCACAGCUUGACACUCUCCUGCGUGUCCACGUGUGGCUCAUGUGUGUGACAGGGCACAUCUGUGCGUGCAUGCUGUGUUUCCCCACCUUUCCCCUCUCUGACAUGUCAUUCAAAACAAAUGUAAGAAACUCCUCACUCCAUCCCCUCCUGCCUCCCAGACCCUAUGCAGGAAAAACCGAGUAACCCAGCAUCCUCCAGAUGCCCUGGCUGUGUAUUUAUAUAGAUGGAAAUAUACUUUCUAUUUUGUAUCAUCGUGCCUAUAAUCUCUGUCACCUUGUAUAAACCCUGAUGUAUGCUACUUACCCUGGAUAUGAAUGUAUUGUACACUGAUGCUGUCCCACUCCUGUACAGCUGCUUUGUUUCUUUGCAAUCCAUGGUAUGGCUUUAUAAAUGAUAAAGUGAAAGAAAAAUCUGUGCCGUUAACUAGCUGUGUUGUUUGGAAAGGGGAUAUGUCAGGUCUCCAGUGGGUAAAAAGGGGCCUCACCCAGGCUCCGGAUAUGUGGUGGGCUUCAGGGAUGCCGGUGGCAGACGACUCACCCCAAAUCCUCCCAGGGCUUCCCUACCAUCCGGGUCUUGGGUCUGCUUACAAUGAGUUUUUCAUCUGGACUGU